AUGGCCGAAUCCCUCGUCUUCACUUAUGGCGCCCCCAAACCAAUCGACGGAAUGCACCUUGUCACGCAAGCCGUGCCCACUUGUGGAGCGGGACAAGUCGUCGUUGAGUUCCUCGCGGCCCCGGUCAACCCGUUGGACUUUCUCGUGAUUCAUGGAAAGUACCCUAUCAAACCCAAGAGCACGAUCAUGGGCCAGGGUGGCGAGCAGCGGGCAAUUCCAGGCUCCGAUGGGGCAGCUCGUAUUGUCCAAGUCGGUUCUGCCGUCACCAACUUGGCCGUUGAUGAUCUCGUUAUUCUUCGGACCCACUGCGAAGGCACAUGGAGGACACAUGCGGUGUUUGGCGAAGACGAUCUCAUUCGUAUUCCGUCCACCGUCAAGCCGCACCUUGCCUCGAUUCUGCGCAUGGGCAUCGCCCCAGCCUAUUUCCUGUUGAGGGAAUACCACAGCCUCGAUCCUGGAGACUGGAUCAUCCAAAACGCGGGCACCGGAACUAUCAGUCAUUUCGUCAGUCAACUGGCCCCGCUGUAUGGCAUCCGAGUCGUUAGCGUGAUCCGUGAGCGAUCCACAGCCGAUGAGCUAGAGCGCACUAAACGCUCACUGCGCUCGCACGGUGCAUCCUUGGUCCUCACGGAAGAAGAGCUCCGUACGACCGACGCCUUGGCGGGAAAAAGGAUCGUGUUGGCAAUUGACUCAGUCUCGGACGAUUCACUGGCCCGAAACAUGGCAGCAUCCCUCAUCCCAGGCGGCACGCUUGUAACAGCUGGAUUCCUUGGCACGGCUGAAUCGCAGGGGGGAAAUCUCCGUCAGUUCCUGUGGCAGCGUAAUAUUACGCUCAAAUCCUUCCGACUGAGUGAUUGUCUCAGCCGACGGGCACCGCCGCAGCAGGUGGCGCUUUUUGAGUGGUUUGCAGAGUUAUUGGCUCGUGGGACCCUGAAGGCACCAGCGCUAGAGUACGUGACCUGGAAACGUGGGGCAAAAGGCUUGGAGGAAUCGCUUUGUGAUUCGAUCCAGCGGGCCCAUGAUGGGGUGAUCGGGGGACGGAAGACCGUCUUCGUGUUUGAGUAA